AUGGUGCCGCGCGAGCUAGCUAGGCAAUUUAUUGACAUCGAAGCGGUAGUGGACCGCGACGAGGAGGAGACGGACGGCGGCGAAGACGAAGACAACAUUCGAGAAUUCAUCGUACGCGAUCCCGUCGAGCCGGAAGACAGACCGCAACGUCAACGUCCCAUCACAGCAUUCUAUCCUUUGGUGGAUGCAGAAGCUGCAGAGGAGUUGGCAGGCCAUUACACGGAAUCAGCUUGCCGAGAAAGAGCUCAACUUGACUCGGCGGCCAUCGCCGAACUAUCGACUUCGAUUACGAGAGCAUUCGUUCCACCUUGCGCGACCCAGGCAAUCACGCCUGGCAGUUGGGUCCGAGUCCAGCGUGGGCAAUAUGCUCGCAAGCUGGCCUACGUUGAAGACGUUCAAGAUGGGCGCGUGACCGUGUGGCGCAGAUCUCGACAGUCAUCGAAAUCUCACAAGUCGUCGAAAUCUUUCAAGGAUGGGCUGGUGCGGCUGCGAUAUGGCGCUGAUAUGGUGAGCGCCCUGGCAGACCCGCCUCGCGAGCAUGAGAUUGCUCCAUUCUUGGGACUGUCCUGGAUUCCGAUGGAGGCAUUGGACUAUAUCGUCCAUCAAGCGUACAUAGCUACGUUGGCAGAACACGAUCGCGUGCGUGUUACAGCCGGGCAGUUGAUGGGACUUGAAGGCACCAUCCAGAGCAUUGCGGACGGCAACGCUGAGUUGGCCGUGAGCAACGAUCCAGUCGCGGUUGUAAUGGUACGACUGGCCGAGCUUCACCGUCUUUUCAAGCCGGGAGACGAUGUAAAGAUCAUCAGAGGCACGCAUACGGGUAGCACAGGCAUUGUGCUCUCCAAUAGUGUAGAUGGAAAUGAAGUCGAGUUGGUUUUGCAUUCUGAGGACAAUGACGAACUGGUCACUGCGAGAUCUGUCGACGUCUGCAUGGACAAUCCGGCGUUGAGGCUGGCCAAAACGCCUUCGCAAGACUCAUUACACAGAAGCCAGAAUGACCUCAGUGUCGACACGUCGAUGAAGUCAAUGUGCGGUGACCGUCAUCCGUAUACAGGGCGACGGGUCAUGGUCAUAGCGGAUUCGUUCAAGGGGCACAAGGGCUAUCUUAAGUUCGAAUACAACGGAAAGUUCCAAGUGCAACUGGAUGCCCCUAGAGGCGACGACGAGAAUACUAUUUUUCCUUUCAUUCCACGCCAGGGCAAAGAGUCGAAGCUCGCUGGAUCAUCGAAAGUAGAGGACGUUAAAGCCAGAGACACUUCUCGCUCAUCGACCCCCCAACCUACCCCCGAUACGGCGCUCAACAUCAUAAAUUCUCUGCAAAACACUGAAGAUCUGGCUAGCUUUAUUGCAUGGGACCCGUCUUCGACCAUUGAAGACGUGGAGAUGUUGGCAUCCAGCCAAGCAGUUCGCCAGGACAUCAACGCAUUGGAACAGGCUGAGGCUGACGACCAACCUUCUGCUUCCUUCCCAGAGCUCACACCUGAUGAGCAUCAGCCUGAACAGGCAGAGCCUGAGCCUACGGAGCCUCUCGCAUUUUUAUUCCUGGAAAAUGCUCAAGAGAUUCUAUCGAAGAUGCGAAACAUUGCUCUUCGCAUCAACAGCGAUAUAACCCAUGAAGGACUGCAUGAUGGCGACUUCGUAUCGCUUUGCCUCGGUACACCCACAGUCGACGACGGCAGCCGUAAAAUUAACGUCAGCCACGGUGGUCCCGCUUACAAGAAGAUUAUAGCCAUCCCCAUCGAGAAUCUGCGACCACUCAGAGCUGCAGUUGGAGAUUCGGUGUUGGUAGUUGCUGGGCCAGAUAUUGGGCUAAUCGGUGAGAUCAGAGAAGCCACGAGCACCGAGUUUCUUUUGAAGGCUAAAGGAAAGCCUGGAAAGAGAAUUAGAGCAAAAGUACCUCUAGUGGCACAACUGCGAGAGAAUGUGAUCCCGAGAAUUAGGAAACGAUAUGGUAUCAUAUGCAAUCAUCAGUGA